AUGUCUGUUGCCCCCGCUCCCGCGACGACGUCAACGCCAGGUGCGGCUGCGUCGACAAGGCUGAGCUCCUCUAAACCUCCAAAGCGUCCGCGUCGGCCGAAUUACAACUACAUACAUCGAAACCUUCUGCCCGUCGAAGUUCAUCCCCUUCCUGUCCUCAUUCCCCACAAUCCCCUGUCAUUAGUGGCUAUCGCUCUAUCCUAUCUCGUUCAAAUACUCUCUCCGCCAGCCCGUCCAACAUACAAUGGCUACUUCUCAUCAGCUACGUCGUCGAUCCACGUCACCGAUACGGAGGCAAUACGGAAACUAUGGGAGAUGGGCUUCUUCGGGAAAGGUAGCCUAAGCAGAAGUGAGCCAACCUGGCUAGAGAAUCGGCGAAAGAAAGGAGUUACAGCAGAAGAAAACACAAAUCUGCGCCGACAGGAGAGAAGGCAACUCAAGCAAGAACGAGCGCGCAAGGAACAGGAAGAAAUAGACCGGAGGCUGGCCGAGGAAACUCAAGUCAGUGCCCAUAUGAACGGCGUUCUCUCCAAGAAUAUCCUCAAGACCAACGCGGGAGAUUUCAACGACAUUGCCAGUGUCUUGGAAUCGGCCAGUGAUACGAUCACCCCCGAGGUUGAGGAAGAUAAGGGGAAUGGCUCGAUCCUCGAAUUCAACAAGUGGAAGCAGGCGCUUGAGGCGAACGGACUUCCCACCCCUCCGCCCACGUCAACCUCAUCUGAAGCUAGUCAGGCUGGUGGACGGCCAGCCAGACAACUGCAGCGUACCAAAACCGUAAGAUUUUCGCCCACAAUCGAGGCAAGGGAGUUCGAUCUUAGCUCUCCUGUUAUCUCACCAAUCAAAAGUCCGGGGGCAUCCACGCUUGAGGACGAGAACUUGGAGGAAACACCAAAGCAAGAAACCCAAGAAAAUCAGGAACACCUCACCUUGUCUCUGGAGGAAGCAUUCUUUCUCUCCUACGGUCUAGGAGUGCUUCAGAUAUAUUGUGAUGACAGCGAUGCAAUCCUGCCUCCCUCUUCUCUCUUAUCCCUCUUCCGACGACAUGCAUAUCAUCCACCUCGGUCUCUGUCCGUCCCUGCCGAACCCGACGACCCCUUCGUGCUGUCCUAUGUUGCAUACCAUCACUAUCGCUCGCUCGGCUGGGUCGUGCGGUCAGGCGUCAAAUUUUCGACUGAUUACUUACUGUACAACCGAGGCCCGGCCUUCUCCCACGCUGAAUUUGCUGUCGUUAUUGUCCCAUCGUACACUCAUCCUUCCUGGACCGAAUCGGCCGAGCUGAAAAAGAUGAUUGGAAACAAAACCAAGAAGACUUGGUGGUGGUUGCAUGGAAUAAAUCGCGUUCAGGCACAAGUGCACAAACAGUUGGUUCUGUGCUAUGUCGAUAUCCCGCCUCCUGUGAAGAGCGAAGAGAAAAGUAAGGAUAUUGACAUCGGACACCUUCUUUCACGUUACAAAAUUCGAGACAUCAAUGUACGGCGUUGGACACCAAACAGAAGUCGAGAUUGA